AUGCGCUCGAUCUUGAGCUCUGCGGAUCCAGAGGACCGCAAGAAGUUGGCCUACAAGUUGCUUAUUGAAAUCCUCUCGUAUCAAUUGGCAUCACCGGUCCGAUGGAUCGAAACACAAAAUCAACUACUCCAUGCCCUUCCCUCUAUCGAGCGGUUCGUUGAGGUUGGCCCGCGUACAACACUAGCCACGAUGGCCAAACGAUCGACCUCAAAAUACUACGCAGUAUUCGCACCGUCUCAGUGGUCUCAACUCAAGUUCUUAUCCUCUUCAGACCACAGCGAUGAGAUAUUCUAUCGAUAUACGGGCGUCGAUCAAUCGUUGAAGCUGUCUCCAUCGCCAGCGCCACAGAUACAGGCCAUUGAGAACUCCGCGGGUAAACGUCUUUCUGACACGCCGCCCAGGACCAAGGCUCUGCUACCACCCUCAGUCCAGACGGAAAAAGCGGUCCCGACAGGGAACAUGGCUUUGUCGACUGCACAUGUGGUUUUGGCCCUGACAGCCCAGAAACUUCGUCGGCCCUUCUACCAGGUCUCAAUGAACGAGGCAAUUAGAGAUCUAUCAGGAGGUAAAUCUACGCUCCAGAACGAAUUGAUAGGUGAUCUGGUUGGAGAGUUUGGCAAGGUCCCUGAAGGUGCCGAAGACAUGCCUUUGGCUACACUAAGCGAGGCACUGCACAAUGGAUCGUCCAUAAAGCCGGGGAAAGCUAUGUCGAGCUUAGUAUCGAGGUUCAUAUCCGGAAAAAUGCCCGCAGGUUUCAACCAAAACGCGGUUCACGAUUAUCUAGAAUCACGAUGGGGUCUGACCAGAUCGCAUUCUAUCAUCCCGAUUUGUCUGGCCACUUCAGUGGAACCCCCUACCCGACUGGGGACGCCCGAGCUAGCCAAAUCGUAUUUUGACGAACUGGUUCAGCGUUAUUCAGAGUUCUACAACAUCUCUCUGGACAAGAUCGCCGUGGAACGUGAUGAUACAACCGUGACAAAACAGGUGACCGUGGACUCGGCUACGUUCGAACGCUUGAAGGGCGAAAACAAGGAUUUCCACAGGAAACAUUUCGAGCUCCUUGCUCAGCAUCUUGGAAUCGACAAUCACCCACAAAGACAGCAAUCCGACGAAGACUUGGGUGUUCUGGAAGUACAACAGAAGCUUGACCGAUGGAACGACGAGUUUGACGAACAAUUUCUCCACGGAAUCAAACCGGUUUUCAACCCACGUCAGGUGCGAAACUACGAUUCCUGGUGGAAUUGGGUGCGGGAAGAUCUCAUUCGCUGGAUUCUCGAGAACUGGCAGGCACCGACAGACGGUAUUCUUUAUCCAGUUGACAGCCGGUUGGCGAUGAUUCUAAACAGAUGGCAGUCUAGCUGCACAGACAUCAUCUCAUCCUAUCUGGACUCGUCUCCCUCCUACCUGAGUCGCUCGCCGCUCCAGAAUUGCAAUAUACGCCCCCUCUUGGCCGAAAUUCGAAGGCUUGGGGACGAAAGUUCUACUUCCGACCCACUGUUUGUCUACAGACACAAGCCGAUGGGACCUAAAACUAUUUUUACCCAAUCUGCUAAGAUGGAAUACACAGAGACGUGUCGACCGUUUGGCUCAUACCUUGACACAGUGCGCCGGGGCCGUGCAUCUCCCGUCGACCAGCGCUUCACUAUCCCUUUUGUACACAUCAAGUAUCGACGGGAGGAAGUAGACUGGCUGUACGACCCAUCUGCCACAAAAAAUUAUCAAACCGAAUUACAAACAGGAUCUAGCGAUGGGUUCAGCUACAAGGGGAAGGCAGUUCUGGUGACGGGUGCCGGCCCUGAUUCGAUUGGAGCCCACAUCAUUCAAGGCCUCCUGAGCGGCGGUGCGCGAGUCGUCGUCACCACGAGCCGGGAGAUUUCUGCUAGCGCUGGAUUUUACCAACAAUUGUACCGUCAGUAUGGUUCCAAAGGCGCGUCUUUAACACUUCUACCUACGAACCAGGGUAGUAGUAAAGACUGUGAAGCUCUGGUCGAGCAUCUCUAUGGCGCUGACUCCCCAGUGGGUGGAGAUAUUGACUUUAUUAUCCCAUUUGCAGCCAUUCCGCAGACCGGAGAGCUCGAGGGCCUGGGCGGCCAGCAAGAGCUCUGUCUUAGAACUAUGCUAGUGAACAUCUUGAGGCUGAUUGGAUUUAUUCGCCGUGAAAAAGAAACCCGUCGUAUCGAGACCAGGCCUACGAUGGUAAUAUUGCCCAUGUCUUGCAACGAGGGUACUUUCGGGGGAGAUGGUCUAUAUGCCGAGUCAAAGAUCGGCUUGAGGUCGCUUUUCAAUCGUUUUCGGUCCGAAAGUUGGUCUACCUAUGUAACCAUAUGUGGCGCCGUCAUCGGGUGGACACGAGGCACAGGGUUGAUGCGAAGUUCCAACAUUGUGGCCGAAGAAAUUGAAAAACUCGGGGUAAUGACAUUCACUCAGGCUGAAAUGGCAUUCAACAUUCUCGCCCUGAUGAGGCCAGCUAUCACAUCCCUUGCAGACGAGGCUCCAAUAUAUGCAGAUUUGACGGGUGGGCUGGGUUCAAUGUGGGAUAUCAAAGACCAGAUCUCUUCAGCUCGCGCGAAAUUAAACGAUAAGUUGAGGCUGCAGAAUGCCUUCGCAGAAGAAAAUGCUCGUCACCAGACAGUCCUUCAUGGGGCCAAGCACCAAGGACCCAAACAGGAAGCGCCUCCACGCUUGUCUAACCUAUCACUCGCGUUCCCUAAAAUCCCUGGACUCAUUGCAUAUCGAGAAAACAAGGCCAAGCUACCCCGUCUGUAUGGAAUGGUAGAUUUAUCUUCCACAAUAGUCGUCGUGGGAUUCUCCGAGUUGGGUCCUUGGGGAAACGCACGCACGCGGUGGGAAAUGGAAUACCAAGGGAAAUUCACAUUAGAGGGUUAUGUCGAGAUGGCCUGGGUUAUGGGCUUGAUCAGGCACGUCGACGGAGAAUUGGAGGGACGUCCUUACGUUGGAUGGAUUGACGUCGAUACGCAAUCGCCCGUCCCGGAUAAUGAAAUCCCCCACAAAUACCAUGAUCGCAUCAUGAAACACAGUGGAGUCCGCCACAUUGAACCGGAUGCGACAUACACUCCUCAACGAAAGGAGUAUUUACACGAGGUGGUCGUCGAGAAGGAUCUACCACCAUUCGAAACCUCUUUGUCCACUGCUGAGGACUUCAAACGGCGGCACGGGGAGCAUGUUUCUUUACAGCCAAUAGAGGGUACAGAAACUUGCCGUGUGUUUGUGAAAACGGGCGCCAUAAUGAUGAUUCCAAAGGUCGUUCCGUUUGAGCAGGUUGUGGCAGGGACCGUCCCAAAAGGUUGGGAUCCUGCCCGGUACGGAAUUCCGCGAGAUGUUGUGGAACAGGCGGACGUCACCACGCUCUAUGCUUUAUGCUGUGUCUCGGAAGCAUUUCUAUGCGCAGGGAUUGUUGAUCCCUACGAGGUGUAUCAAUACAUCCACGCGUCGGAACUUGCAAACUGCCUGGGAACAGGCGGUGGACCGCUGAAGAUUAUCCAGAAGAUGUAUCGCGACCGCCACCUGGACCGUCCAGUCAGGGGAGACAUCAUCUCGGAACACUUCAUGAAUACCAUGGGGGCAUGGAUUAACAUGCUUCUGCUUUCCUCUGCAGGGCCACUCAAGACACCCGUCGGUGCAUGCGCCACGGCCAUUGAGUCGCUGGAUAUUGCUUGCGAGGCCAUUCGAUCCGGAAAUUGCAAAAUGGCAAUCGUUGGCGGGUGCGAUGACUAUGGUGAAGAAUUGGCAUACGAAUUCGCCAAUAUCAACGCCACGGCCAAUAGCACAGACGAACUAUCUAAGGGUCGUCAGCCUAGUGAGAUUUCACGCCCUACGGCCAGUUCACGCAGCGGAUUUGCGGAAUCGGCUGGAUGUGGUGUGCAAAUCAUCACCACGGCCUCGACAGCCCUAGAAAUGGGAUUACCAAUUCACGGCAUCGUCGCAUACACACAGAUGGCAAGCGACCAAACCGGCCGGUCCAUUCCUGCACCGGGCAAAGGAAUAUUAACUAGUGCCCGUGAAAGCGAAAGUGCUAGAAACUCUCCAUUCCUUGACUUCAAGUUCCGCCGAGCAUGUUUUGAUGAUGAAUGUAAAGCAAUGAAAUAUCAGUCUUCAGACGGCGAAUCUAUGGAACGUGUCGGGGAUGGGGAUGCAGUGGACCAUGUCCGUUCUCUGAAAUUUAGAGACGCACAACACCGCUGGGCAAACAACAUUCGCCUCCAGGAUUCUUCGGUCUCACCCUUGAGAGCAGCAUUGGCGACCUGGGGUCUGACCAUCGACGAUAUUCGAGUGGUCUCAAUGCACGGAACGUCGACCAAGGCCAACGAGAUCAACGAGGGAGAUGUCAUCAAUACUCAAAUGAAUCACCUCGGUCGUCGGCGGGGAAAUCCGCUUCUAUGCGUCUGUCAGAAAUCAUUGACUGGUCAUCCCAAAGGCGCAGCGGGUGCCUGGCAAUUGAAUGGGUGUAUGCAGAUGCUUCGGGAUUCUAUAAUCCCCGGAAAUCGCAAUGCAGACAACAUUGAUGGCCAUCUCCGACAGUUUGAACACCUUGUGUAUCCGAUGGAGACAAUGCGGGUUCUACAGGUGGAUGCUACCAUGCUCACAUCGUUUGGGUUCGGUCAGAAAGGGGCAAUUGCAGUUUUAGUGGCACCAAAAUUUAUUUUCGCCUCGAUCACGGAUGCUUGUUACAACGACUACCGAGAUAGAGCAAUGAAGAGGCAACGGGUAGCCACCACAGAAUUCAUCUCCCGAAUAUUUAAUGGUCAAAUGGUUCAGGUCAAAGAAGAUCCACCGUGGAAGAACCCAGAAGCUAUGCGCGCCACUUUCCUCGACUCGAGUAUCCGUUUCGUUGACGGUGUGCCUCGAAACAUCCAAGGAUCCCCUAAGGGCAUAUGGCCCCAGCGAGAGCCUGACACCAUUUAUGGGAGGCUCGUGGGCGAGGAUAAUGCGGAACCACCAGCCCUUUCGAAUCAGCUUCAGAAAAUGCUACAAGAGGUUUUGCAGCGUCCCAACGCAUCUGCACCUUAUGGAAUUGGUGUCGACAUCGAAGACAUCUCAAACGUCAGCAUCGACAAUGACAGUUUCUUGAAGCGUAACUUUACACCCGCGGAGCGUGAAUACUGUUUGAAUGCACUCGAUCCGCAGUCCUCAUUCGCGGGGCGUUGGUGCGCGAAGGAAGCGGUAUUCAAAUGCAUGAAAACAGUGUCUAAGGGAGCCGGGGCGGAUAUGAAAGAUAUUGAAGUUCUCAGCCAUCAGGGCAUUCCUCGGGUUAUUCUUCAUGGAAGGGCCAAGGCAGUGGCUAAUUCAAAAAAGUUCAGCGGCAUCGAGGUGACCAUCAGCCAUUCCAUGUAUACCGCUGUCGCCGUCGCGAUGGCAGCUCCUGCGCACCUCGAGUGGGCUCAUCAUCCCCACAAUCCUUACAAUUGGCCGCCUCGUAAGAAAUGGACGUGUAUGCUCACCUCCUGCUGGGUCACCUUCAUCGUCGGGUUGAAUGCCACCUCUAUCACGACGGCUGCCGAACCGAUCUCGCGCGAUUUCAACCUGUCUAAUGGCUUCUUUGAGUAUAACUUCUUCGCUGUCACGGCGUGGAAUGCCGCAGCAGCAAUUGUGCCACUGGCCACACUGCCGCUGAUGGAGACGUACGGAAUGCGAAUUGGCUUUGUGACGUCAUACAUCCUCUUCGCUAUCUUCAUCAUCCCGCAGGCAUUAGCGCAAAAUUUCGCCACAUUGGUGGUGUGUCGCGCGAUCGCCGGAGCUUUCGGCGGGACUUUGCAGAACAGCGCAGACGGACUUGCAUCCAAUAUCUUCCUAUCGCACCGGGAGCGCGUAUUCCCCUUGACUCUGUAUGUCUUCACGCUGGUAUUUGGGGUGACGAUGGGGCCAGUCCUUGGUGCUGCUUUUCAGCCACUGGGAUGGCGAUGGGUAUUCUGGAUUGAACUGAUAAUCUACGGUGCUUUUGCGCCCAUUGUCAUCAUCAUCAUGAAAGAAAGCCGCGGUCCAAUCCUGCGCGCCAGACUCUUCCCCGAAGCGGACACCACCACCAAGCCCAACAAAAACGAAGCCUUGCGCACAUUCAAAGAGACCAUCGUGCGCUCCGCCCUCCUCCUAACCACCGAACCAACCGUAACAGCCUUCACCCUCUGGUCCGCCUUCGCCUUCGGCCUCGUCUUCAUCUCCACACAAUCCAUCCCCAUCGUCUUCAGCGGCACUUACAGCUGGCCCUCGCACACAGACGGCCUUGUACAAUCCUCCAUCGGCAUCGGUCAAAUCCUCGGCCUCCUCCUCACAACAUUCUACCAAAAUCGGCUUUACACGCGCAGCGCAGCCCACAACCCCGAAAACCCGGGGACUCCCAUCCCAGAAGCAAUCCUGCACCUCUCAAUCCCCAGCACGGCCGUCGCCCUCGCCGGCGGCCUCUUCAUGUACGGCUGGAGCACGGAGCAGACGCACUGGAUUGUUCCGGCCAUCGCGCUCACUCUGAUCGGGUACGCGAUCAUGGUCAUCGUCACGGCUGCUAGUAUCUACGUGACGGACUCGUAUGCUGGGUAUGCGGCGAGCGCGAUCGGCGCCGUCGCCUUCGGGGAGAAUAUCUUUGCGGCGUUUUUGCCGCUCGCUGCGAAGCCCAUGUAUCUGCGGUUGGGGUAUCGGUGGGCGAGUAGCUUGCUGGGAUUCGUGGCGGCUGUGUUGACGCUUGCACCGGUUGUGUUGAUUUGGAAGGGCAGGGCGAUUCGCGAGAGGAGCGUGGCUAUUCGGAAGAUGAAUAUUGAGGGUUUGUGA